GUUACAACAAUGCGGCCUCAAAGCUCGAAGUAGCAGGGAGUGGGUCGUCAGUUCAUCGAAAAACGUCGUUAUGACGUUCGUAAAUACAAUGCGCAUCACUGUCAUUAUUAUGAGAUCGCGACGCGAUAUAACCCCCUCGCCUCUCCCUAAAAAGCACCCACGAUCUCUGGAACUACAAUGGCAUCGGAAAUUAUCAAGAACAUUACAGAUACGGCCAAGAACAUGACCGGAGUACAGGACAAGAAAAUUGCUCAGUUGAGCGCCUACACUAAAGAUGUCCACGACAAAAGCCAUAGAAUCACAAGCGACUACGGCGUGAAGCAGAACGAUACCGACCACUGGCUUGCUGCUGUCAGCGAGGACAAGCAAGGUCCUCAACUUCUGGAGGAUCCCUUCGGCCGUGAAAAGAUUCACCGCUUCGAUCAUGAGCGUAUCCCGGAGCGAGUCGUCCACGCACGCGGCGCUGGCGCCUUUGGAAAAUUCACUCUCAAUGAGUCCGCCGCGGAUGUUUGCAAGGCAGGCAUUCUGACUGAUACAACUCGUGAAACGCCAGUCUUCCUUCGGUUCUCCACUGUUCUUGGAAGUCGGGGCUCGGCAGAUACAGUUCGGGAUGUUCGCGGAUUUGCCGUCAAAUUUUACACUGAGGAAGGCAACUGGGACAUUGUGGGCAACAAUAUUCCCGUCUUCUUCAUCCAAAAUGCCAUGAAAUUUCCCGAUAUAAUACAUGCGGGCAAACCUGAGCCAGACAGCGAAAUACCUCAGGCCCAGUCUGCUCACAAUGGAUUUUGGGACUUCCAAUAUCUUCAUCCAGAGACCACUCACAUGCACUUCUGGGCCAUGUCUGAUCGUAGUAUCCCACGAUCAUACCGCAUGAUGCAGGGCUUCGGCGUCAACACCUUCACACUCGUAAACGACAAAGGAGAGAGGCACUUUGUCAAGUUCCAUUUCACUCCUGAGCUGGGUGUCCACAGCUUCGUCUGGGACGAGGCACUCAAAAUCGCUGGUCAGGAUCCAGAUUUCCACCGCAAGGACCUGUGGCAAGCAAUCGAGGCUGGCUCGUAUCCCAAAUGGAAGUUCGGAAUCCAGACCAUCAAGGAGGGCGACGAAGACCAAUUCGAAUUUGACAUCCUCGACGCCACGAAACUCUGGCCUGAAGAGUUGGUUCCAAUCCGGUAUAUCGGCCAGCUUGAACUCAAUCGGAACCCCGAGGAGUAUUUCACGCAGACUGAGCAGGUCGCGUUUUGCACGUCGCACGUUGUCCCUGGUAUUGGAUUUAGUGAUGACCCGCUCCUUCAGGGCCGCAACUUCUCCUACCACGAUACUCAGCUCUCACGUCUCGGGGUCAACUGGCAGGAGCUACCUAUCAAUAAGCCUGUUUGUCCUGUCAUGAACUUCAACCGCGAUGGCGCUAUGCGUCACACCAUCACAAAGGGCAAGGUCAAUUAUUGGCCCAACCGCUUCGAAACCGUUCCUCCUGCCCAGGAAGAAGAGGGUGCUUACAUUGACCACCCUGCUAAGAUUGUUGGUAUGAAGCAGCGACUUCACAGCAGAAAGUUCAAAGAACACAAGAAUCAGGCUGAGCUAUUCUACAACUCUAUGUCCGAGCCUGAGAAGAACCACAUCAAAGCUGCUUUCUCUUUUGAGCUCGAUCACUGCGAUGACCCUAUCGUCUACAAGCGUAUGGUUGAGCGCAUUGUUGAGAUCGACCUUCAACUUGCACAAGGUGUUGCUGAGAUGGUGGGUGCCGAUAUUCCUCAGGAAGCGACGCGCCAGAAGCACAACAAGAGAGCCAAGGGUUUAUCCCAGAUGGACUUCCUGCCUAGCUCACCCACCAUUUCUACACGCAUGGUGGCCAUCUUGAUCGCCGAUGGUUACGACAAGAUUGCAUACAACGGAAUCAAGGCUGCCCUGACGGCUCAGGGUGCCCUGCCCUUUACCAUCAGUCCCAAAAGGAACAGGAUAUUCGCUGAUGGUGAGAAUCAAAGUGGUAGUGGUGUAGUCGCCGAUCACCACCUUGAGGGCCAGCGUUCCACCAUGUAUGACAGUGUGUUCCUCCCGGGUGGGGAGAAGUCGAUUGCUACCCUCAGCAAGAGUGGUCGUGCUGUACAUUGGGUCCGUGAGGCUUUCGGUCAUCUUAAGGCCAUUGGUGCAACCGGCGAAGGUGUUGCUUUCGUGAAGCAGUGCAUUGAACUUCCCGAGAUGGAAUUUUCCGCCAGCACCGACGUCAGGAACAGUUAUGGUGUUGUUACAGCCGCCGCGGUCUCGCCUGACGGCUUCAAGGAGGCUGUAAAGAUUGCGGAGGAGGCUGUUGACUUCGUUGGUCAGUACAUCUUUGCUAUCUCGCAGCACAAGAACUUUGAUCGUGAGCUUGCUGGUUUGAGCACUUUGAUUGCGUACUAGUCGGAGGAUACCCCACAUUUGUCUAUGGAUGGAUCAACGUAGCAUUGUCAUUCAUAUGUAGUUAUCGGACCCGCUUUCUCGGGUGCAACCGGUCCGGUUCGUUGUUUCGACUAAGGUUUAUGUGAAUGAUAGUUUCGCAUACUCCUCGCAUGUCUCGAUGAGCUUCUUCUGUGUUCCCGGCUCCUGU